GCAUUUCAAGGCCGGGCAAUGACAACACGUUAAUCUAUAGACGUCGAAUCUCUUAUAUUUUGUUUACACGAAGUCCGCUCACUGAUUACAUUAGUAAUCUCGGCCUGAGAGGGUACUUCUCGGCUAUUAACUAUUAGUUAUCAGCUGGAGAAGCUAUCAAUACCCGCUCCCUGGCUGAUAACAUGGUUAUAAGCUAUCUCUGUGUGCGUGUGUGACUUGUAGACCCAGUAGCUUCGUUCGCUCAUUAAUCGGCGGGCACUCGACGAGAAAAGUUCCAGGGAAAUCGUCAGAGAAAAUGUCAGAGGCAACGUCAUCGGGAAUCAAGCGGGUACUAUCCAUCCAGAGCCAUGUGGUCCACGGGUAUGUGGGAAACAAAGUGGCCACCUUUCCAUUGCAGUUGUUGGGCUUCGAUGUGGACCCCCUGAACUCGGUCCAGUUCUCUAAUCAUACCGGCUACAAGACCUUCAAGGGUCCGGUCUCCAACGAAAAGGAAUUGGCCACCAUUUUCGAGGGUCUGGAAGAGAAUGAGCUGCUGCCGCUCUACUCGCACCUGUUGACCGGUUACAUCGGAAAUCCCCUGUUCUUGCGCCAGGUGGGUCACAUUGUGAAGAAGCUGCGACAGGCCAAUCCUGGUCUGGUGUACGUCUGUGAUCCCGUGAUGGGCGAUAAUGGCCAGCUAUAUGUGCCCAAAGAGCUGCUUCCUGUGUACCGGGAUGAGAUCAUUCCCCUGGCGGACAUCGUAACGCCAAACCAGUUCGAAGUGGAGCUGCUCACGGAGAAGGAAGUGCGCAGUGAGGAGGCCGUUUGGGAGGCCAUGGAUUGGUUCCACCAGCGUGGCAUCAAGACAGUGGUCAUCUCCAGCAGUGAUCUUGGCCAGCCGGGAGUUCUCCGGGCCUUCCUGAGCCAGCUGAAUGGACCACGUCUGGCCAUCGACAUCCCGAAGCAGGGUGGCAAGGAUCUGGUCUUCACCGGCACCGGGGAUCUCUUCGCCUCCCUUUUCCUGGCCCACAGUCAUGGUAGCAAGGAUAUAGCCAAUGUCUUUGAGAAGACCAUCGCCAGUCUGCAGGCGGUGAUUAAACGCACGGUGGCUGCUCUGCCAAACGGUGGAAAUGGACCUGUAAAGGCAGCCGAACGGGAACUGAAGCUGGUGCACUCCAAGGCGGAUAUUGAGCAGCCCCAGGUGCUUCUAAAGGCGCAGCGACUCAACUAGACCGGGAAACCUAUCUAAAACCUGGAGCGGAACGACUACCCUUAACAUAUAUAUAUAUUUGCUCAUUGUACUUGUUCACGGACAAUAACCUUUUGAUACCUUAAGAUCAGCAUUUAUAUGCAUUGUUAUAACGAUAUAUGAUCAUGUUAAAUUUAAAGAGUGACAAGUUAAGUACCAUACCUAAUUGAUAAACAUCACAGAUCAAAUACAUAUUCAAAUACGGA